AUGACGCUUGGCAGUUCUUUUAUCUCUCGACCGAUGUAUGACUUUAAUGCAGAUGGAGCGCUUAUAUUAUGGGAUCCUGAAAAAGAUGUAGUACCGGAAGAGCUUAUUGAGAAUGAGGAUAAAGAGCCAACACCGAUAUGGGGAGGCCGUCCGAACAAAUCCAUAGCAGAGAUGGUUGGAUUAGCACAAUCCAAGGCAAAGAAAACUCAUGUUGUAGUUGACCCCAACCUAGUAAAGAUUCUACGGCCUCAUCAAGUCGAAGGUCUGAAAUUCCUUUACCGUUGUACAACUGGAAAAGUAAAUAAAGAUGCCUUUGGGUGCAUAAUGGCCGAUGAAAUGGGUCUAGGGAAAACAUUACAAUGUAUUGCGCUCAUUUGGACACUUUUACGACAAUCGGAAGUAUUAGGCAAACCUACCGUCCAGAAAAUUAUAAUUACUUGUCCUUCAAGCCUUGUGCUCAACUGGGCAAACGAAUUCGUAAAAUGGCUUGGAGAAAUGGCUAUUAGACCACUCGUACUUAAUAACACAGAUAGCAAAGAAAAAACAGCCGAAUUAAAACAAUGGUCUAUAACUAGUACACGGAUAAAAAAAUGCAUAUAUACUAAAACUACAUGGAACCAUCUAGUACUUAUUAUAUCCUACGAGAGUCUUCGUGCUUACGGCAAAUGCUUGUCGAAAUGCCCCAUUGGGCUAUUACUAUGUGAUGAAGGACAUCGGUUAAAGAAUGGAGAUUCAUUACUUUUCCAGGAGCUCAAUCGCUUGCAGGUCAAGCGUAGGGUUAUUCUUUCAGGAACACCAAUUCAAAAUGAUUUGAACGAGUACUAUUCGCUAUUUAACUUUGUUAAUCCUGGACUACUUGGAACACCAACAGAGUUCCGCAGAAAUUACGAAAAUCCUAUUGCUAAAGGCAGAGAUGCGGAUGCAUCAGAUGCAGAACGAGAAAAAAGUGACAAAAAGGUCGCUGAAUUUUGGUCAAUAGUGUCUAAAUUCACUAUUCGCCGAACCAAUGACCUUUUGACUAAAUAUCUCCCUGUGAAGUAUGAGCAUGUUGUCUUUUGUCAACUUGCUCCUGUUCAAAAGAGUUUAUACAAGACAUUUUUAGACUCCCCUGAGACCAAAAAGCUGCUGCAAGGAACAGGAGCUCAGCCUUUAAAGUAUAUCACAAUGCUUAAAAAACUGUGUAAUCACCCCGGUCUUCUUGAUCUCCCGAGAGAAAUAGAAGGUUCAGAAAAAAUAUUACCUAGUGGGUACAUCUCUAAAAGCAAUCACAAUUCAAAUAUCGAUGCUUCACUUUCUGGGAAAUUCAUGGUACUUGAACGUAUGCUAUCAAAGAUUAAAAACGAAACAAAAGACAAGAUUGUUCUGAUCAGCAAUUACACCCAAACUCUUGAUUUGUUUGAAUCGUAUUGCCAACAAAAACGCUACGGUGUUCUACGGCUUGAUGGUACCUUAAAUGCAAAGAAGCGCCAGAAACUCGUGGAUCAAUUCAAUGAUCCAGAGGGCGAAGAAUUUAUCUUUCUUUUAAGUAGCAAGGCUGGUGGUUGUGGGCUAAACCUGAUUGGUGCUAAUCGACUAGUAUUGUUUGAUCCUGACUGGAACCCAGCAGCAGAUCAGCAGGCACUUGCUCGAGUUUGGCGUGAUGGUCAAAAGAAAGAUUGCUUUAUUUAUCGUUUAAUUGGAGCUGGCACUAUAGAAGAAAAGAUUUUUCAAAGACAAUCGCACAAACAAUCAUUAUCCAACUGUGUAGUAGAUGAGGCUACCGAAUCAGAAAGACACUUCUCAGUUGCAGAUAUGCGCCAACUGUUCCAGCUCAAUACAGAAAGUGAAUGCGAAACUCAUGAUACUUUUAAAUGCAAGAGAUGUAUUAGUGGAAAACAAUAUAAGGAAGCUGAAUCAAUGAAUUAUGGUGACUGCAGCACUUGGAAUCACUUCACCAAGGAUCUUAAUAGAAUUCCUGAUUUUAUUCUUGGAGACGAAAGAAACAAAGGUGUUGUAUCUUAUGUCUUCCAAUUUGUGUCUUCGAUGAAAUGA